AAUUUCGAUAGUGAUAUCUUCAUAAGGCCCUGUCACACCGCAGGGGCACGCCAUUAACUAUCCGUACGGUUAUCAGAUUGACCUGUGUUGGCUCCUUCCCUAGGGUUUCAGCGAACCUUUUUCCCACAAAGUUCAGUGAGGCAUCACUAUCGACUAAUGCCAUUACCGGUUGUCCGAUCACCUGCGCUCGCAACCUCAUCGACUAAGGGUGUAUGUUUCGCCAGCGACAGCAAGGAUAACAUCACCGGUGGUGUCGCGUGGGUUACGCCUUCCUCCCCAUCGGCGAUUCCAAUUCCCAUCGCUGCUUCAGUCGCCAUGUGGCUCUAUUUCUCGGGGCAGAUUUCCACCUCCACUAUCGUCGGCACCGCGGAGAUGGCCUCUGUUGGCCCUGCUCACCGCCCCUCAUCUGUCCAAACUCCUGAAGCGGCGGCCGGAGAUCCGCCAACCUUUGUCGAUUUUGCGGCCCAGAUGGUUUCAAGGGUCGCCUCCAGCUUGCCCAACAGUUCCUUAACGGUGAGUCGUGAUGUACUCAUCGGGGCUCUGAUACCAAGUUGAUAGAUUCAAGAAUUUCCCAAUUGGGAAUUAGGGAUUUGAGAAGAAGAAUUUAGGGAUUUAGAGGAAUUGGGGAAGAAUUGAGAGAAAAAAGAUUUAAGGAUUUGGGUUUAAAUUCUGGAAAAUAAGGGUUGACCCCUUAAAUAGGUGUUUAAUAAUAAUACGGAAAUAACUAAAAAAACUCUACUCUACUCGGACAUCCGGCUGCCCACCAUGCCCCUUACAUCGAGUUUCCAUCAGAAUGGGAACAUUUUAUUAGUGUUCGUGUUCAAUCUGGCACAGAGUCGUGCUUAGUCACUGCAGUUUAUAGUCCUAGUAAGGUGCAGGGCAGAGUAGUGUUAUAUGGUGAGUUGAGAAGGCUUGCAGUGUCUAGAGAGUCUGGAAUUUGUUUUGGGAUUUUUAAUGUUUUUGUUGAGAGUAGUGAAGCUUCUAACUGCCCUGGCUUUAAUCCAAGUAUGGUUGAUUUUUGUCUUUGGAUUGAGGAUAUGAAGAAUAUUGAUCAGAAGACAUUAGGCUCGUGGUUCACUUGGUAGAACAACCAGGUCAAUAAUCCAAUUGCUCGAAGAAUUGAUUGUGCUUUGGUUACUAAGAAGUGGUUGGAUGUGUUUCCUAACAGUUUGUUUCAAACUAUUGCGCCUGGAGUGUCGGAUCACUGUGGAAUUUUUGUACAGACUGAUUCUAGACUAUCUUCGUUACCAAAGCCUUUUAAGUUCUUCUUGUUUUGGAGGCCGUAUCCUCAAUAUGAAGAGCUUUUAAAGGAGGUUUGGCAAUUGGAGGCUACUGGGGAGCCUUAUCGUAUUCUAUAUAGGAAGCUGGGGGAGCUUAAACGCAAGCUCAAAAGUCUGCACAAAGCUGUCUACUCUAAUUUUUCGGUUAGAAAACAAGAAGCAGAAACAAUGUUGGAUUUGCAAAGUGCUAUGUUAUCUGAUCCUUCUGAGGUUGACUCACAGGCUGUACUUGAGCAAGAGAAGCUAUAAAGGGAACUUCAAAGUGCUGAAGAGUUUUUCUAUAGGCAAAAGUCAAGGAUUCAAUGGAUCACUCAAGGGUAUGCAAACAAUGGAUUCUUCCAUGGUAUGGUAAAGGCUAGGAAUCAUAGGCAGACUAUUCAGAAGUUGAUAAAUGAUGGUGGGGAGGCAGUAACUGAUUUGAAAACAAUGAGUAAUGCUGCAGUGGAUUUUUAUAAAGAGCUUUUAGGGAAUGUUGAUGUUGUAGUUCAACAGCUCCCUAGCGAGUUCUUUGAGGAAUUAAUGUGUCAUAAGUUGACUGCUGGCGAUGUUGAGUUGUUGCUUACUGUAGUCACUAGGGAUGAGAUUAAAAAAAGUGUUUUUCAGUAUGAGUAAUGACAAGUCACCAGGACCAUAUGGAUAUAUUGCUAAAUUCUUUAAACUGGAUUGGGAGGUUGCGGGGACUGAGGUGGAGAAAAUUGUCUUGGAAUUCUUUAGAACUAGAGAAAUGCCUCGUCAGGUGAAUUCGAUAGUUAUUUCACUCAUUCCAAAGCUUCUUGUAGUAGAGCGGAUGAAAGAUUUUCGACUUAUCCUAUUGAAAUUUUAUCUAUAAAGGUAUUUCUAAGCUUCUAUCUAAUCGAUUGGCAUUGGUCUUGCCAAUCUUCAUUAGUAGAAGUCAUUCUGCUUUUAUUAAAGGUUGUUUAAUCAGUGACAAUAUACUAAUGGCUACGGAAGUAGUGAAGAAUUAUCAUAGGAGCAGAAUCUCCCCUGGGUGUGCUCUUAAGAUAGAUCUUAUGAAAGCUUUUAAUUUAGUUGAUUGGAUUUUGCUGUUUAAGGUUAUGAGUGCAAUGGGUAUGCCAUACUGAUUUGUCAGGCUGGUUGAGUCUUGUGUUCAGUCUCCUAUGCUUAGUGUUACGUUCAAUGGAGGGUUCGGUGGCUAUUUUCCAGCAGCUAAAGGGCUGAGAUAGGGGGAUCCGUUAUCCCCCUAACUCUUUACAAUAGUUAUGGAGGUAUUCUCAUGCCUUCUCAAUAGGGUUGUUAGAAGUAGUCAUAUUCCUUUUCACCCAAGAUGCAAAAGUUUGAAAAUCACACAUCUUUGUUUUGCAGAUGAUCUUCUUAUUUUUUUCUAAUGGUUCACCUCAAGCAAUUGAUGGCAUGCAGGAGUUGCUUGCUUAGUUCUAUUCAAUCUCAGGGCUCAAAUGCAACCCUCAGAAGUGUCAAUUGUUCUGGGCUGGGCUAUCUCUAGAAGAAAAGCAAGUCCAUUCUGAUCAGUCUAGGUUUCCUUUAGGCGAGUUACAGUUAGCACUGUUAGUACUUGGGUCUGGAGGAAGAUACUCAAAUGUAGAAGCUUGGCUCAACAGCAUAUAACUGGAGCAAGUGCUAUAUUGGCAUUGGUUGGCUCUAUUCUUGCUAGAUAUUCAGUCAAGCAGGUAUGGGCAUCCAUUCGAACUUCUGGUCUUGUUGUGUCAUGGUCAUCUGUCAUUUGGAGCAAGCCUAUUUUUCCAAAGCAUUGUGUUAUGGUUGAUUAUACUAGAUAGAAUCAUAACAAAGGAGAAGUUGGCAAGCUGGGGUAUUGAUUGUGAUGUUAGUUGUGUUUUAUGUCCAGGGGGUUUUGAGAAUAGAGACCAUUUGUUUAGUAGUUGUUCUUUUAGCAGUGCAGUGUUGAGGAGGGUAUUGCGGGCCAUUUGUCUUUACCUUGGGUUUGCUAACUGGCAAAUGCAGCUUUCAUGGGCAGAAAUGGCUUGGACUCCUCCUACUGAUAAAUCAGCAGUUGGGAGAGUUUUGUGGAUUAUGUGAAUUAGCACGAUUUGGAAGGUGAGAUAUGCGAGACUCUAUGGUACUACUGCAACGAAUUCCCCCAACCAAGUAAAAUGAAGAUACUCAAGGAAUUUUCUAUAUUUGCCACCAGCCAAAUCCCAUUUCACUUGAGAGUACAGAAGGUUCUAGGAGGAGUAGUAUAGUAAUGUAAUGACGGUCUUGGUAUUCUGUUUGGUAUUGUUAUUUGUUAUUCAAUUGUAGAAACAGUGACACUUUUGAGAGGGAGGUUGCGAGGUGGACCUCCCUAGGCUUCAAUGCAUUUUUUAUUAACCAUAAAAAAAACUCAACUACUAAUGAAAAUAUGAAUAUUGUGUAUACUGAACCAAACUAAUGAGCUUCUAAGAUUGAUACAUUCAAUAACACGAUUGAAAUAUUCAUAUAUGAAUGUUGUGUAUACUAAAUCAAACUAAUGAACUUCUAUUAUUGACACAUUCAAUAACACGAUUGAAAAUAUUCAUAUAUUCAUGAAUGAAAUUUUUGGAUAGGAAUAAUAUAGUUUUAGAUGGAUCUUAAGUCCUUUGAUAUUUUGUUUUUAUUAUGAGCAUAGUUAGUAAAAUAAUUCAAUUACUACUUGUAUGGGUAUUAAAUAUUUGAGACUUUCUUCCUUAUCCUAUUGUAGAGGCAUCUUGUUUUCUAUUUUUAUUUUUUAGAUGUUUCGUGUAAACUAAACACGUAUAAAAUAUUCAAUACACUUAAUUGUACGAUUUAAUUUACUUGAAUAUUAACCACAUCCAUAGCUCAUUUGUAAUCUUCGAAAGAAAAAAUGUUAUCCCGACCAUUAAAACAUGUACUAGUUAAAUUUAUGUAUUUCGAUUAAAAGAGUAAUUCGGAUUUUGGAGGUAAGUGUUUUUCAUGUUAGGCUUUACAUGAUUCAAGUGUGAAAAUGUAAAUUUAAAUACAAAAUAGUAGUUGGACAGAAUAUCACAACUAGCUAGAGUUGUGAAGUACGUGGAAUUAUCUAGAGAUUGUAUUAAUUAGUUAAUUCUGGGUUACGAAAAUGGAAAAAUGGAAAACCACAUAUAGCUAGAUAUUUGUGAGCUCAGUAGUUGUGAGGUGGUAGCUAAUUAUGGAAAAGUUUAGGCCACAAUUUGAUUUUGAAGUUUGGCUAUAAAUAACCUUGAGUUGAGUAUGUGUUUCUCGUCCCAAAAAUCCAGAAACAAAGAAGAAAAAAGAAAGAAUAGCGAGUGAGGGAGCAAUAGUAAGUUGACUCGCUAGGACUACACCCAAUUUGAAUCUCGACUAGAGGCCAAGUAUAAACUCUAGCCGGCUGCAGUAUAGGGCAUGUAUGUUUUAAUUGUCAAACUCAGGACGGUCCAUGUACCACUACUUCAAUCGCUUAAGUUGCUAUCUAGCAACCGGUUUUGGGUUUCAAACUGAGUAAACUACAAAAUAAACAAACUAAUAAAGUAAAUCGAGGAUAAUUCUAUAUGAGAGGUCUUCACCCGAUUAUUGCUCCCUCUGGUCUUGUAUUAGGAAGCCAUGAAUGAAACUCAUAUGCGAAUGAUAUGUUCAUAAACUGCAAGGCGGGUACAACAAGCUAGAAACAAGCCCUCAUAGUUGAUCAAUCAAGGAUUGCUACAAUAAGAUAGCGAACCUAGCUCUCUUAACCGCUCGGCUAAGGAUUGCAACAAUAAGCUAGGAGGCCUAGCUCUCUAAACAGAUCAACCGAGGAAACCUUGAGUCUCUUAGUGGACCAAUUAAGGAUUGUUGCAUUAAGUUAGUAGACUAACUCUAUUAACCUUUCGGCUAAGGAUGAGAACAAUAGGCUAGGAAAUCUGACCCUCUCAACUAAUCCACUAAGGAUUGCAAGACCCAACCUUGGAAGUUAAUCCGGACGGCGAAUAGCAACCAAUCAUGGUGGAAUGAUGGCACUUAUCCGAUAUUUGAGGUUUGCCCUAAUUUGCCUAGGUGGGGGACACAAAUUGACCAAGAAUCCAACUUCUCAAAGCCUCUUACAACAAGGGGAUUCUCUCCACCUUGGUCAAAAUGACCCAAUAAUGAGUUAAAGCUAGCACACUCAAUCAUUCAUGAAUAAUACCUCAAAUAUUAUAUAACACGUUCAAUCAGCACAAUAGAAUCAUGUUCUUACAUCCUAACACAUAUAUAUAGACUAGGAUUCACAAUACCCAAGUGAGUCGGUAGGCUAUUCUAUAGCUAGACAAGAGAACAUGAAGAGAUGAAAAUCUUCCUUCCUUGUUGCUUGAAUCUCCCUUGAGAGGUAAGAAUCUUCACUCCUCUAGCUUGAAAUGAGCCCAAUCUCCUUCUUCCUCCUUUGAAUGGCACUUUCUCUCUAGAAUAGGAAGAGUAAACUCUAAUCACUCACUAGAGACCCUUCUUUAUUCUGAAAACUAAAAACCUCCAAAAACCUCUCUUUCUCUCUCCCAGUAGCCUUCUAUUUAUAGAGCCCGAUAGUCACUUUUCACGGCCGUGACAUUAAACCAUAGACCAUGACAUUUGACCAAAACACAUCGUUUUGGCCAAUGUUUAGUCCCACUUCACGGUCACUGGGUGAUUUUUACGGUCAGACGACCGUGAAACACUCAGGGUCGAGUGAGGUGCACAAAGCGUUCUGGAGCUUGUUAAUGUCACGCCCAAUGAUCAAUUGUCACUGUAUGGUGAUCGUGACAUUUUACUUCUGCCCGUGACCUUGGACUGUCCUUCACUUUACUUCAAAUUUUGGCAUUUUAUCGACUCCAAUCGUCCUGGAACUCGUCCUCGACCUUCCCACACAUGCUAGGAUAUGAAAUGUAUCAAAAAUAGCACAAUCUAGCGUAAAAUAGGUCGAGGGACGAUGAUAACAAAGUCAAACAAUCAAGAAAUGAGAGCUAAAAUAUGUAUAAUUGAUCCUGAAUCUUAAAAUGUGAAAACUGGAAGGACAACAAUAAGAGAGUUUGUGAGAAAAAUAGAGUGUAAUGAAUUUUCUUAUAAAAG